AUGGCUAGCAAUUUUUCAACCUUGGUGACAACCACUUGGGGAAUCGGUCUACUAAUCGUUACCGUUACCGCAUUUGCCUCACCGGCAGGUUUUUUGCUCGUUCCACUGCUAAAAAAAUCGUUGUAUGAGCGCAUGAUGACUUUUCUUGUAUCUCUUGGAAUAGGUGCUCUUUCAGGAUCAAUACUCUAUGUUAUGAUACCACAAGCUUACAGUAUGGAGGAUACAAAUGACUAUUUGAAGAAAUCAUCAAUUUUUCUUGGUGCUCUUUAUGCUUUUUUCUUGUUUGAUCGACUACUGCAGUAUAUUUUAGAGAUGAGAAGGUGUCUGAGAUCUCGAACGCAGUUGUUAGACGAGUUAGUAUUUAGACAGAUUUCUUUAAGUCGGGCGACAACUAACGUAUCUAAGUUUAGUGACACACUGCCGUCUAGUGUACGUUUGCUAGUAAUAUCUUCAAUCCGCUUCUCAUUGUUCUCACGUAUUUUUCAUGCUUCUAUUUUUCAGAAGUUUGAACCGGAUCCAGAUGAUGCGGUUAGCGUUGAUGUAACUGUUGUCGAACAGACGUUAGUUAAUCCUGAAGAGCUUCAAAUUACCUCAUUUGUUUACAUGAUUAUUUUUGGAUCAUCUGCAAACAACUUCGUGGAUGGAAUGAGUAAUGGAGUUGCAUUUGGUGAUUCACUGGUUCGCGGUCUCAGCGUUGGAAUUGCUUGUAUCGCUCAACAGUUUCCUCAAGAAUUAGGUACUUUAGCUAUACUGGUUCGAUCGGGAUUAGGAUUAAAGAGGACGUUGUUACUAAAUUUGAUACCUGGUUUUAUGAGCUAUAUUGGAUUUAUCAUUGGAGCUUUACUGGACAAAAGCAUGGAGACAGCUGAUAACUAUGUUUUUUCAGUAUCAUCGGGGAUGUACUCAUACGUCUUUUUGGGGACAUUGCUUCCCGAAUUGCGAGACUCGACAAAUCAACUUAUCAAAAAAGAUUUAAGAGAAAGUGUUUUAGCAUCGACAUUGCAAGCUAUAGGGAUACUUUUUGGAGUUAUAUUUAUGUUUUGUAUGGCUAAAUAUGGCGAGAAAAUAGCAGUGUAA